CACCCCACAUCACUUGUACUCACCAGCCACAACACUUUCCACUUGUCUCCGAAUUAGUUAUCUUGAGAAACAUUAUUCCCAUUGCUAUAUAUUAUGGCUAGCAUGAAGGUUACAUGGGUGGUUGUGAUCAUGUGCAUGGCCGUGGUGGGUGCACCGAUGAUGGCGCAAGCCAUGACAUGCAAUGAUGUGACGGUGAACAUGGCACAGUGCCUAUCCUACCUGAUGCAGGGAGGAACACCUUCAACACUUUGCUGCAGCGGAGUCAAGAACAUUCUUGGCUCUGCUGUCACCACCGUUGACAAACAAACUGUGUGCAACUGUCUCAAGGCGGAUGCUGCUAGGUACAACAUCAAUGACCAGUAUGCUCAGGCACUCCCUGGUUUCUGCAAGGUCAAUGUCCCUUACAAGAUCAGCCGCUCCACUAACUGUGCAAGCAUCAGGUUCUGAACAAGCCAUGGACAGCUUUGCUCAUUUCUGCAGCGGGAUACUGAGGCAGCAGUGAAACACUUACUAUCAGAAUAAGAGAAAUCGAGUGUGACUGUAGGGCUUCACUUAUGCGAGCCUUUUAUUGUAUUAGUUUCUAUUUCUUCAGACACUUCAUAGUCUUUGUUGUUGGGUGUGAGUGAUCACUAGAUGUAUCUAAGUUGAUUGUUGCAUGUAACAAUCACGUAUUUGAUAUAAUAACUCCAUAUGCUAUUUUGAUUAUUGCAUACCAUAUUGUUC